UGUAACACAAUAAAGAGACAUGGCGAUAUGCUCCGUGACCGUGUGAAACUUUAAUUCUGGGGACAAUAUUUUGCUUGUAAUCUCUGUUUUUGCCAUUUUUGGGACAGUAUGCUGUGCUUGGUGAGUUGAAGUAAUAUCACCAGAAUGCAGCGGAUCUGAUGAGUUGUUUUAAGUGAUUUACAGAGGCUACAGACUCCUUUUGAAUAUCGACGAACAUGGCAGACAAUGCUGCUUCAAGGAAGCGAAGAUCAGCAGAAGCUGCAUUAGAUGAUGAACUCCUACAGGAAGAAAGUCCAACUAAAAAGGUCAAAGACAUUGCAGAAGAUGAAGAGGAACUUGACGAAGAUGCACUGCUUGGGAAUAGUGAUGGGGAGGAGAACCUCCUGGAUGAGACAGGAUUUACAGAUGAGCAGAAUUACAACCUGGAAGAAGAAGUUGGUCUCGAGGAGGAAGAGUAUGGAGAGGAAGCAGCAGGCUUGUUGGAGGAGCAGACUGGGGAAGAGUUUGGUGGAGAAUAUCAUGCAGAGGAGUAUGCAGAAGGAGACGAAGCCUUCACAGGAGGAGACUAUGUAGAAGGAGAAGGGGAGGAGUAUGUAGAAGGAGCUGAAGGUGAAGAAUAUGUAGGAGGGGAAGAGUAUGCAGAGGGAGGAGGAGAAGAAUGGAAUGAAGGGGAAGGAGCAGAGGAAGAGUGGCAAGAGGGAGAAGCCGCAGAAGAGACAUGGCAUGAAGAACAAGAUGGACAGGAAGAACUUCAAGAAGAGGUUGAUGCUUCGGAGGGCCUCGAACUCUUUGAUGAUACUGGUGAUGUUCUCGACAUUGACAUCCCGGAUGAUAGCCUGGUCGAUGACCUCAACGUGACUGCCGAGAACCAGUCCUUUGCGUCGCAGGCUAGUGUAAAUGACCCCGUUUCUUCAACACCUCUCACCACACCAAAGAACGAGAAACCCAAGCCUGGUCCUCCAAGAGAGGAGGAGGAGACAUCGCUGGUGGAUGCAGACACCACAGGUCAGGAGGAGGAGGAUGAAGACGACACUGAGCAGACGGAAAAGACCACACAGGACACCGAAGAGACCAGUGAGAGCGAGGAGGAGAAAGAAGAUGAGGAUGGGAGAGGUGGUAGGUUCAGGUCAGAGAGACAGACUGUUAUGGUCUCUCUCAAGAGCACAAGAACAAGAAACAUUCCAGAUACAUUAGAAAUAUCACAAGAGGUUCAACAGCAGAUUGACGAGUUUGAGAGGAAAUCCAAGGAGGAGAGACAGCAGAGGAGACACGGAAGGAGAGGACGAGGAGGGAGGGGAAGAGGUAGAGGAGGUUUUCAAGGCCCGCCUGGUCUUAGGGGAUUCCCCCCACACAUGGGUCGCCCUCCUCACAUGCGACCCCCUCAUCCGAACUUCAUGGGUAGAGGUCCUUACAUGGGAGACCCUCGUAUGAGGCCUCCGUUUGGUCCUCGGCAAGGGCUCUUGGGUCCAAGGCCUAGCUGGGACGGUCGGCCACCCCACGUCAGAGACGACAUGAUGAUGCAUCAACAGGCUCAAAUGCACCAGAUUCCGCCCGCUCCAGAGCCUCUGUUCCCAGAGGGACCACGGCACCAGCCACCCAGAGGUCCGUCCCCUGUACCUCCGCAACAGCCACAAGUACAACCUCCGCAACAACCACAAGGACAACCUCCACCGCUGCAGCAACAAGUGCAACAGCCACUGCAGCAACAACCAAUGCAACAGCCACCUCAGCAACAACAAAACUUUCAGCAACCAGUGCCACACUCCCAGCCUCCGCCAUCGAGCCAAGCACAGACAGCAACAACGAUGCCCAAGAAGAUCCACAUCAAUCCACACUUUAAGCCAAAAGUUCAGCCACCUACUUCUGGAGCACCACCACAACAAGUUGCACCACAUCCUGGGCCACCACAACAACAGCAGCAACCUUAUCAGCAACAGCAGACAUCUCAGCCAUGGUCGAGCGCCCCACCCCAACAGCAGCAUCCUGUUAUUGUGAGUAGUGGACCCCCUCCAGCAUCGUCAGCAGGGUGGGGUCACCAACCUCCCCAGCAAGGGACAUGGUCAAACCAGCCACAACAAGGAGGUCCGGUGUAUACAAGCUCCAACCAGCCCAUCAAUCAACCUCAUGGGCAUCCCCAACCUUAUGGGGGAGGGGCACCUAUACCCCACCAUCAGCAACAAGGGGGUCCUCCGGCGCAUCCCCCUCAUCAUCCAGAACAACCGCCCCAUCAAGGUGGUCCUCCAGUUCAUCAGCAACAUGACCAGUUUUCACAUUCUGGUCCAAACCAACCUCAGCAUCAUGGUCCUCCUCAACACCAGCCACCCAACCAGUACCAGGCCCCACCACCGGCGCAAUCCCAAGGACAGAGGUUCAAUUCCCCACCAAGGCAGCCCUACCAGCAGCAGCAGGGAGGUCAGUUUAACCCCCCAGACCAGGGAAGGUUCAGGCAGCCAAGGCCUGUCAACCAGCAACAGCAGAUGAGGGGUCCAAGACCUGUUCAACAGCAAGCCCAGAGAGGCCGCCAAAACAUGCCAUCGGUGAGACAAAAGUCACCUCAACAACAACGGCCGCCUCAGAAACCUGUACCCCCUCCUAGUCAACUGAUCCAGGCUGCCCAGGGAGCCAAAGCGAAAGCACCGACUACAGACCUCAGACAAGUCAUCUCAAGUAAAAAGGCUGCAGACACAUCUAAAGGACAGAUUGAUGAGGAAGCUGAGACUAAGAAAUUGAGGGUUAUGAUUGAUGAGCAGAAGAAGUUAAGGGAAGCCAUCAUGAAACGCAAGGAAGAGAGACGUCAGCAGCUAGCAGCACAGAAACAAGCUGAUCUCAAGAAAAGAAUAUCGGAACAAAAGAAGCAACAAGGAGGCACGUCCAACCAACCAUCGACUGCAAAGAAGAUCAAAUCUCCCAUGAAGCGUAGAGGGAGUGCUUCAGGCCCUCAGCAGGAGAGUCGACCACCAAAGAUGGUCUCCCCACCUAGUCAGACAACACCACAGUUUCACCAUCAACAACAGGAGCAACAUGUGGUAUACAACACCAACCAAAAUGCAAGUCAUGAAGAGGGGUCUCCUCCAUUCCAUCAUCACUCAGGCGGAGGAGGAGGUUUCCAGCAGCAUCCGCAGCAGCCACCGGGUCAGCAGUGGAGAGAGCAGGGAAAUGUUAAGGUGUUAACAGGUAUGAGCCCUCCUCAGGGUCGACCACGGGCCCCACCCCAGGGCCCACCUCGUGGACCACCUCAGGGCCCACCACAAGGUCAACCCAUCCCCACUCUAGGAGGGGCCCAGACGACGAUGUCCUCUACUCCAAACAGAGGUGGUGGCAGUGGCCAGGCAUAUAGAGGAAGAGGUCAACAUCAAAUGAGAGGCCAAGUCAGAGGUCAAUUCAGGGGCAGAGGUCGCGGUCAGAUACGUGGACGAGGUAGAAGAGGGUCUCAAUCAGGUUCCAUGCCCCCGCCACAACAGCAUCAAGACUUCCAGCAAGAUGAUUUCCAGCAAGAGUUCCCACAGGAUGCCUUCCAGCAGCGAGGACCGUCCCCCAACCAACCACCGCCUCCAGGUCCCAACCAGGAAUACCAACAAGGCCCGGAGGCACCCCAUCCUGGAGGCCAACAGUUCCACCAAGAUGGCCCACCCCAGGAAAGGACAGUGCUCAUGCCACAGAACUUCCAUCAAGGGAAUGAUGGUGGUGGUAGGCCAUACAGGGGUGGGCGGAGGGGUAGAGGGACCAUGCGGGGUGGCCAACGGGGAAGAGGGAUGAUGCAGGGGAGGGGUGCAAUGAGAGGGAAUGCUGGAAGAGGACAUGACCCCUCUGGUAGAGGUAUGAAUAGAGGAGGGGGCAACAUGCGAGGAGGACAAAGAGGCGGUAUGCCUGGACAGAGAGGAGGCAUGCAACAGGGACAAAGAGGGGGUUUUAUAAACCAAAGGGGUGGCCAUCAAGGACGAGUGGAUGGGAUGCAGGAACAGAUGGUGCCAGAUAACCCAGGGGGAAAUCGCGGUAUGAGGGGAGGAAGGGGCAACCUCCAGAGGGGGCGAGGAAGGGGAAGGGGUGGGGUGCAUGAUAGACUUACAUUACCACCCCAUCAGCAGCAGCAACCGCCGCCACCACUACUUCAGCAGAGCGUACAGCAACAUCAUGAGGAGAUGCAGCCACAACCAGUACAAAGAAUGAUUAUCAGAGGGGGUGAGGCUCCUCCACCUGGUCCAGCCCCUGUCAAGCAGAGGACCGUCAUACCCCCAGGUGGUCAAGCCCAGCUCCCCUUCCCCAACCAGCUGUCGUCGGUGGCCAUCCAUGGACUGGCACCUUCUACGCAGAGGGAGAGAAUAGAGGGCCUGCUUCGCUCCAUCGGUCCCAUCAAGUAUCUGAAGGUAAAUCUCCAGCAGAGAAAGGCUAUGGCUGGAUAUCAUAACCCAGAACAUGCUCAUAUAUUCCAACAGAGAUUCCAUAGGCAUAUGAUUGACCUAGCCCACAUCAAUGUAUCUUUAGUAUGAACUCAAAAGGACAGUGACACAACUCAUCCUGGAUCCAGAAAGAACCACAAAGAAUGGCAGAUGUCCAGCUGCAGACCGUUCACUCAUCUAAAGCCAUCAAGAGUGACCCAGGUUGAACUGUCAGCAGAAGUUGCAGAAAUGGCAUCGAGGAAGUCUGUAUUCUCUAUCAUCAGUUCUGCUCCUUGUAAAAUUGUCCUCUACAAGUUUAUAACCAUCCAAUCAGUGCAUUAUAUUGCAUCACAUAAAUUGAUACGUCUGUGAUGUAAUUGUUAUUUGUAUAUUUUGUGAUAAUUGCAUCAUCGUUUCAUAUCCUGCAACGGCCAUAUGUGGGCUCCAUGUAUUGUGUGGUGAAUUGUAAGUGGUGUGAUGUGUAUGCAUUAGUAUUCUGUUCACAGAUUUUGCCAUCAUUUUGGUGAGGAGUUCUGCUGUCCUGAAAGUAGCUCACAGAUUCUAGCAACAAUGUGGAAAAGUAACCGGCUGAAUAGGAACAAGAACUUUGACAAGUUACAAGAAAAUUUUGAACUCUGCAAGGGUUAUGUUCAAACCGUUCAUUCUUUGAAUCACUCGAAAUCAAGAAGAAACACCAAUCACUUAUCUACUCCUUUUUUAGGUUGCUAUAAAACUUUUAGGUUGCUAUAAAACACCCUUGUCAUGGUGGGUAUGAGUUUGGUGAUAUCCCUGCAUGUCAAUCCUUCAAAGUUCUUGACAUGCUCAAUGCCAUGCAAUUAAAGCUAUCAGAAAGAUCAACCUCGGACAACACAUUUAGUGGAUCAACUUUUUAGGGCUGUGCAUGUAUUGACAUCACUUACUUCCCCUAAUACAACCAAGAUGAAUUUGAGACACAGAUUUGCACUAUUUCUUGCAACUAAGGACUCAAAAAAAGGGAAAUUUCUGCUAUACCAACUCCACAAGGAUAGUGGUCUUUGGAACUCUGUAUAUUGCCUACUGCGUACAUGUACUAAAUACUUUGUGUGGGGUCCAUUUUUCUACAUUCUGCUGUACAUGUCAAAUUCUGCAUCUUCUGGAGUGAAUGUCAUCUCUUCUUUGCAUUAACGACUGUGCUCCAUAGUGUUACCCAGAAUCAUCAACAGUUUAAUGCAUGUCACAGAGCAACUACCAUCUCAUAUGAGCUACAAGAGAACCCAUCAAGCACACCAAAGACUACAAGAUGUAAGCUCUUUUCGACAGCAACUGCUUCACAUCUUAGCCAUGUCUACAGUCAACAUCAUUUGCAUGUAUGUUCAGAGCUACUGCCAUCUCCUGUGAGCAGUCGGACGAUCUUCCAAGGCGACAGGAAGUCUACUGAAACAUCCUUGUUCUUUGAUGUACAGUUUUGCUGUAAAUAUGUAAUCAGUGGUUGAUGCUUGUAAACUGACCCAUAACCUUCAACGCAGGUUUUGUAGACAUACAUGUAUAGCGAGAAUCAAUCUCAAAGUACGUCUCAUUUGUCUUGUUGAGGAGAGCUGUCAGAGAGUAUGUACUCACUCAAGCCUGUUUUUAAUGGUUAUCUCUCAAUGAAUGUGUCUACAUAACCAUCAGCACAGUGCUAGUCAUCAUCCCAAGUAUAUACGCAUAGCCCUUGAGAGCCUGGGAUGUUUACCAGCGGCUCUUGUUAGUGUCCAUAUGGGAAUGACUCCACCAUGCAUCUCACAUCAGGAGCACUGUGAACUUCUGCAGGUGUUGCCUGGUCACACUGCCCAUGCCAUAGUUAGUGUUUGUAAUGGAUGCUGCAGUAUGUGAUAGGUCCACAUCUUGCAUGAAAUUGUACCACAUGCACUGCAUGAUGAGAAGGUAUGGAAAGGAGCACCUUUCACAUAUUUACAAAUUUCACCUGAAUAAUGCCUACCCCAAGAGAUGAGAUUCGUGUAACCUGAUGACAUAACACAGUUCCAGCUUUCUGUGCCAUGGAUAUAAUUGAGCCAAGACAUGAAAUUAUUUGAAAGACAGUAAUAUGAACAUUGUUAUGAUCAAAAUGGAGGAUUAACUUCCAUUAAAAGUUUUAAUGGACUUUUCUGUUUUCUUAUAGGAUGGAUUCAAAUAGGAAAAGUUGAUGGUAUGAUCAUUUGUAAUUACAGAAUAGCAGUCAUUUCAUAUUCAUUGGUAGUAAUAUUCAACAAGCAAGAUACUUUUGCUAUUAUGGGUAAUUCUUUUAUUUUGUCAGUCUUUUCCUUGACCCAUGAAAACAAUUUGAAAUUUGAUGAUAUUUCUCACCUAUCCAGAAAAAAACUAGUUUUAUUUUUUUUUCAAAUUAUUAAACAUGAAGUAACAUUCAAACUUCAUUUAGUUGACAACCCUCUAUGAGUUUUACAAACCAUACAUUACUAGAGAUUUUAAAAACAAAUCUGUCAGUUAUAAAUCAAGAUUAGGGCUACCUAUAAUAUGACCAUACUACCGAACUUCAGUGGACAAAAAAGAUUGGGUAAAACAAUUUCUUAAUUAUAUAAUAGGCUGAAAAUUCAGGAUAUGAUCUUUGGAUUUUUCUGAUAACAUGUAGUCAUUUAUAUUAGAGUUAACAAGAACAUUACCAAGAAGAUGCUCAAUGUCCUCAAAUUUAAAAUUGAAACUGUCACAAAAAAUAAUCAAUUGAUGAAAAAGAGAUGUUUGUCAAUAGAGACUUAUAAGAUUGGAAGUUUGAUAAUACUCCAAAAAUAAUUCAUAUUAUUGAUACUUUACCAAAACUUUAGAUGACCAGUUACAUUAUAUGUAGUUGUAGGAGGGAGAUUUACUUGUUAUUAGUCUUAUGAAAAGUUGCAACACUUCCAUUAGCAGUGACAAAUAUAUAAUAAAUGAUAAAAAUAAUAGUAAUAUUUACGAUUAUUUUGGCAGUGAAGUGCAUAUGUGGUAGGGGGGGGGGUUGCUACAAGAGAAAGAAAUUUAUUUGUAGGAAUAUAAAACAUGCUUUCUUAAAUUAACAAGGUCCAGUAGUCUUUUGGAAUUUGGAAACAGGAACAUAUUUUUUUCUAAGAUAGUGACAAGCAAUCCAAUUCAAACUAUCCACUCAUAUAUGUGCUAUAUUUUGCUCUUAGGAAUAUUUCUUUUUACUUUUUAGACAAUACAAGACCUGGCACUUGCAAAACUUUAUUUAAUAGUUUUUUUUAACAUUUUGUCUAGGUUAAAAUACUAUUAAUAUUAAUUGAAUCUGAUCAGACUGCAUCAUUAAAAACUGACACAAUAAAAAACUAUCAACCACUUAAACAAAAUGUAAUUCAAUUUUUGGUGUCUUGCCCACCAGCCAAUCCCCCCCCCCCC